AUGGAAGCAUCGAGGCCCCUCGCCGCUCAUCUUUCCUCUCCUUCCAGCCUGUCCAAGCUUCAGCAUGCGCUCCAGAGAUCGAGGGUUUGUUGGUUGCGUCCAGCGGGUCUCCGCUUCAUGUCCAGCGGCCAAGGAGAAGCUGACAAGAAGAGGCUACACUACGACCUCUGCGUGAUCGGAGCUGGUCCAGGCGGAUGGGCCGGGGCUGUGAGAGGAUGGGACUUAGGAAAGAAGACGUGCGUGAUAGAGAGCAGGGGAGGGCUGGGAGGUGUGGCAGUCUGGGGAGGAGCGAUUGGUGGCAAGGUCAUGCUGGAGGUGGGGAAGGGACUUCGACGGGCUCGUCCGCACCUCAAGGGGGAAGCAGCAGCGACAGCAGACGGAGGAGUUUGGGCGGAAGUGAGGAGGAGGACGCGGCUUGCGAUGUUGGAGCGAGCUACUCAGCUGGACCAGCAGCUGAUCUCGCUGGGGCAGACGAGGAGGUUCAACCGCCCGACCCUGAAGAGAGCAGAGAAGAGCGGGACGAUCCAGAAGUGGAAGGGAGACGCUCGUUUCCUCUCUCCUAACGAAGUGUCUGUUGGGGAGAACCUGGUCAUAGAGGCGAAUCACUUCCUGGUUGCAACUGGCAGCAUCCCCAUUCCGCUCCCCAAGUUUCCUGCUGAUGGAGAGUACAUUGUGACUACCCAGCAGCUGCUCAAGUCGGCUGAGACUAUCCCUCAGAGUGUGAUCAUUCUAGGAGGAACAGUGUUGGGCUGCGAGACAGCGACGCUUCUUGCUUCUCUUGGGACUCCCAAGAUCCAUGUCAUCAACAGCGAAGCCGCUCUCUUCCCCGACGACGAUGCGGACAUCGCGGCCUUUGCCAUGGACUCGUUAGAGAGGGAUGGAGUUCACGUGCAUCAUCAGUCCUACCUGGAAUUCGCCAAGAUCCACCCAGAGGAGAAGCUGAUAGAGUGCAGGAUUGUACACACCCGAUGGAGUCAGAACGUUGAGGCUGGCGGGCAUGCUGUUCCGCACAGGCACCACCAACCUCACAAGCAUAGGGGAUCAAGGAGUGCUGAGCAUGUCUACUUUGCUGGAGACAUUCUCGGGAAGCUCGGGCUGUCUGCAGUAGCAGAGAUGCAGGGACGAUACGCGGUGGAACACAUGUUCUCGCAGCAGUAUGCGGUGAAACCUUCCUAUGAUGGUCUCUGCACGGUCAUGCACAUCAACCCCGAGGUUGCCUUCGUUGGCAUGUGCGAGGAGGAGGCGAGGAGGCGCGACUUGCCGCACAUCGUCGCCAAGAUCGUGUUGGAGAACUGUGCGAGUGGGCUAAUCAAGAAAUAUUCCACCUUCCUCCCCAGCGUCGAGUAUGGAGAGAAGGUCGAGGAUCCUUUCGAAGUCCCCGAAUCCUCCCUGGGGUUUGUCAAGAUUGUCGUGCUCAACGAUGAGUCGCAGAGGCUCCUUGGUGUGCGAUGCGCCGGAGAGGGAGCGAGGAGCGUCAUCCAGGCUGCUGCUAUUCUCAUAGAGAGCCGCCAGCACGUCCGCGCUCUAGCGCGAUCCUCCCACCCCUUCCCCUCCAUACUGGAGGCCUUGCAGGAGUGCGUCCGGAUGGUCCUGGGGACAAGCAUCCACAAGCAUCACUUGAUACCGGACAACACGACCUACAUUCGGACAUAUGUCCCUUCAGGGAAAAUGUUCUACGAGGGCUCCGAGGACGAGCAUGUCGACCGACCGACGGUUCCGACUUAUCUCCGAUGA